ACAACAUUAAUUGAUUUUGACAGUUUUUACUACCCGCAAUAACAAACAUCUCAGUUUUUGUUUAAAUAAAUAAAAGUUACAAAGUAAAUACAUUCAAUUGUGAUAUACAAAAUGGACUUUGACAGUCCCGAUCCCGACGUAGAAAAAGAAUUUCCCGGCUUAUAUGGAUCAGAUUCGGGUGGAAGUCGAAAAAGAGAUGAUGAAGAUUUUAGUGAAGGUGACCAUGAGAAGAUUAGCAAAAAAGAAAUACUUUUGGGACGACGGAAAGAGAAAAAAGAUAAGAAGGACAAGGGUUACGCUGCCUUAGAUGGUGAAAGUUCACAAGAGGAGGACCUAGAUACGAAAAGUCCGUCUAAGUCAAUUAAGAAGUCGAAAGCAUUCAAAUUUCCAUCAAAAAGCAAAGAGAAACGGGAAAAAUCUCGAGAAAAAGUCGAAGUGAAGGAGAAAGAUUGUAGCGACGUCAAGGACAAGAAAAAGGACAAAGAAAAGAAGGAGAAAAAGGAAAAAUCAAAAGAAAAAGAGAAAAAGGACAAAAAGUCGAAACAAUCCAGCGUCAACGAGGAAAUCUUAGAGCUGGGUGAUGCACAACCAAUAUUCGGCGUAUCCAUUGGGUUGUCUGUCCAGCGAAAUCGUUGUCAUGAUGACGUGCCAUUACCGUUAGUUGUUCGGGAUUGUAUCGACUAUCUGCAGGAGCACGGUUUGUCUAGUGAUCAAAUUUACAAAGGCGAUGCAAUCAAAACAAGGGUCCAGCAUUUGAAAGCGCUUUACAACAACAGAGAGACGAGCAGUAUAGACGACUUUGAUGUGGUCACCGCAUGUUCUCUUUUGAAACUGUUUUUCAAGGAACUUCCUGAACCGAUACUAACCACAGAUCUAACUAGCCGAUUUGAAGAAGCCGCAUCUUUGCCAGUCGGCCAGCAAGAUCGUGAAUUGAAUAAUCUCAUCAAUCAACUGCCCACUGCGAACAGAACGUUAUUAUCGUGGAUGGUGAUGCAUCUGGAUGCAGUUACGCAGCACGAAAAAGCGAACAAAAUGAGCGUACAGAAUGUGGCAAUAUUGUUGGGUCCAACAAUGCAGAUGACACCACGUUUGCUAUCGGCUAUAUUGAGUCAUUGCAAGCGCCUGUUCGGCGACACUGUUUUAGACAAAUAUGUGCCGCCGAUAACGUCAACCAGCCCAAUACCAGAAACACCAGAUGAAAUUAAUGCAGAGCUACGGAAACAAGACAGUUUGCUGAAUCAGAUUCAUGCCGAAAUGAAUGCUGGAUUUGUCACAAAGAAAAGGGAAGAACAACUCUGGGAAGUGCAGCGAAUUAUAACACAAUUGAAGAGAAAACUGCGUACUUUUGAAAAGAAAAACGAUCCCGUUCAUAAGAGCUUGGACGACACAACGGACGGUGAAAUUCAAUUGGAAAUGCAAAAACCAAAAUCAGUAUGUUCAGAUGAUGAGUCUGUUAAGACAAUAACAGUAUUGCCUACGGAAUCAAAUGAAACCAAAACCACCGUUCAGGUCACAACCAAUAAAAGCAAUACGAUGGAGCGACCGGUUAAGCGGCUACAAUCGUCAGAAAGUCAUCCGAAUUCCGAUCAAAUGUACGUGAAUGAAUCCGGUUUACUAAUGUUACCGGAAAAUCAUCCCGAAUUCGAAACACUCGUACGCCUUCAACUGGAAAAUCUCGAGCUGGCUAAAUGGAAGGCUCAACUUCAAUCGCGUCUCAUUGGCGAACGAAAUGAAAUGGUUUUGCUGCAAGAAAUGUUAAAGAAAUGUAAUCUGGCGGUUGAACCGAAUUUGAAAGAGGACGCUGUUAAUGAAUUGAUAUCGUCAUCGGACGAUGAAGUGGUAGUGUAUCUGUUGAAGAAGAAUUCGUUGCUGGAGAAGAAAAAGAAUCUGUUGGGACGUGAAAUUUAUGACCAGCAUGUUGAGCUCAUUCAACUUCAGGUCGAAUUGGCGGUAAGAACUUUAAAAGUUUAAAUUAAUUUUUUUUCAUAAUUUAUGUAACAAAAGUGAAGUAAAACGGAUCUGAUUUCA